AUGAACUCGCUCCGGUCGCACAGAGUCAUCAUCGCCUCGCUUUUCCUCCCCUCCACCGCAGUCCUCGGCGACUCCACCCCCCCGUCCCCCGACGAGAUCGCUGUCGCCCCCGGCCCCCCCUCGUUUCUCCACCCAAACUCGACCCUUCGUCCGCCCAUCCUCCGCGCUGCAGGCCCGCUCAGGAGCAUUGUCGAGGAUCUCAGAGACAAGUCCCGUCAGAUCACCCCGGCUGCCACUCCCCAUGCAGAGCCCACAAACCCGUUCGCCUCCUUCCCCGGCCUCACCCUCCCCCAGAAUCCCAACAGCUCCUCCACCUCCCUCGUCGAUGCCCUGUCUGCAAAGGCGCCACAAGACAACGACCCCCAGACGAGCGGCGCCAUAAACGGCCUCGGAGGCCCCCAGAAGAGACACCAGACAACGCACCAAAACAGCACCGCAGGCCAGACAAGAGUCCAGCGCCGCAUGUCCAGGAGCACUGCCGCCCGAACUUCCAGCCGCUCCCUCUCCUCCACCAGACUCGACCCUGGCCUGCACGGCACCAAAUGGCACAUCGAGAGCAAUCCGCACUGCAACGGCGGCCUCAAGAACGCCGUCGACAGCGUCGGCUCCCGCCUCAGGCGCAAGCUCUGGGUCGGCACCCUCGGCGCCAACACAGACGGCUUCCGCGAGAGCCUCAAGCGCAACAUGGAGUGGCGCAUGCGCGACAACUACGACAGCCUCCCCGUCUGGAUCCCCGACGCAGAGUUUGCCAGCUGCUACGACGAGUUUUGCCACCAGGUCCUCUGGCCCUGUCUCCACUACGCCAUCCCCGACGCUCCAAAGACAAAGUCGUUCUACGAGUCCGCCUCCUUCAAACAGUACGUCGCCGUCAACCAGCGCUUUGCAGACGCCAUCGUCGCCGCCUACGCAGAGGGCGACAUCAUCUGGGUGAACGACUACCACCUCAUGCUGCUCCCCGCACUGCUCCGUGCCCGCCUCUCCACCGCGCCCAUCGGCUUCUUCAUGCACGUCGCCUUCCCGUCCUCAGAGAUCUUCCGCUGCCUCAGCAUGCGCGAGGACCUCCUGCGCGGCCUCCUCGGCGCCGACCUCAUCGGCUUCCAGACGGCCAACUUUGCCCGCCACUUCCGCCAGACGGUCAGCCGGAUCCUUGCAGUCGAGGCGCUCCCCAAGGGCGUGCAGUUGGAGGACCGCUUUGUCGACGUGAGCGUAUUCCCCAUGGGCAUCGAUGUCGGGAGCUUGACAGAGAAGAAGCGCGAUCCCCUCGUUGCAGACUGGGUGAGCUCGCUCAGGCAGCGGUAUGCGGGCAUGAAGAUCAUCGUCGGCCGCGACAAGCUCGAUGGGAUUCAGGGCGUGCGCCAGAAGAUCCAGGCAUUCGAGGCGUUCCUCGACAAGUACCCCGAAUACCAGGGAAAGGCUGUCCUGAUCCAGGUAGCGCUCCAGACAACAGAGGAGAACGAAAUCCAGGGCGGGGUCGCGGACGUCGUGUCCCACCUCAACUCGCGUUUCUCGACGCUGACAUACCAGCCUGUCGUGUUCUUGCACACGCAAGACCUGACGUUCAGCCAAUACCUCGCGCUACUGAUGGUCGCCGAUGCAUUCGUCGUGACGAGUCUGCGCGAGGGCAUGGCCCUGCGCACGCACGAGUUUGUCGAAUGCCAGGAGGAGCGCCAUCGGCCCCUGAUUCUGAGCGAAUUCACGGGCUCGUACAGCUACAGCGGUUUCCGGUCGUGCAUCCCGAUCAACCCCUGGGACAAGCGCAUGACGGCAGAUGCGAUGCACCAGGCUCUGACGAUGAGCGACGACGAGGCGCUCUCCCGCUGGGAGGAUCUCCACAGCCACGUCGUGACACAGAGCGCGCAGGCGUUCGUGACGUCGUUCCUCGUGCGCUGCCUGCGCGCGAGCAUCGAGCACAUGCACAUGCAGGGCGACGCAGCAGAGGUGGCGUCGCUCGACGUUGCGCGCGUACUGCCGCGGUACAGACACAGCGCGAAGCGGCUGCUGCUGAUCGAUUUCGAGGGCACGAUGUGGGUGCGCGACCUGCGCAAGCUCGGGAAGAGCGAGUUUGUACCGCCUGCGGAGGUGAUCGACGUGCUGAAUAGGCUCGCGGACGACGCGCGCAACGAGGUGUGGCUGCUGAGCGGGCUGCAGGUGGGCGGGAUGCUGGACCGCGUGGGCGAGGCCGCGCCAAAGGUCGGGAUUGUGUCGGAGAACGGGUGCUUCAUCCGCACGCGCCCCGGGCGCCACAGCGAGGCGGCGUGGGUGAGCAUGGUCGCGAACUUUAACCUCACCUGGAAGGCGGCGUGCCUGGAGAUACUCAACUACUUCACGGAGCGCACGCCGGGAUCGUUCGUCGAGGAGCGCGACGCGUCCAUCGUGUGGCGCUUCUGGACGGAUCCCGACGAGCCGUCGUCCGACCGCCAGUGGGCGCGGCGCCAGGCGGCGGAGGCGCAGAACCACAUCUUUGAUAGGUGA